ACACUUGGGCAGAGGUGGUUCUGGCAGCCCCAAGCUUCUCCCCGCGGAACUCCUGCUUCAUCGCGCACGGGUGACCCCGUCACCUGCUCUGAUGGGGAGCCCUGAUGCGCCCAAGUCGGGUGAGGUUUUGUGGGACAGACUCUUCUGCUCUGGUUCAAAGAUGCCCAGAAGGGAACAGGUGACAGAGCAUCUCUCUGCCCGUGAAGGCAAGCAUGGCACGCGCCUCUCCGCAGCGGAUGCCAUGACAGAGUGGCUGGACCAGGUCGUCUCGGAGCAGGCUGCCCUGGGUGAAACCUUGGCCUCCCUCUCAGAGGAGCUGCAUAAGCUGGCAAAAUGCCUGGAGGAGACGGCCGGCCGGGUGGAAGCCCUGGAUACCAAGGUUGUGACCACGCAGAGCUGCGUGGUGAAGCACACAGUUCUGAUGAGAGAGCUGGCCCAGGGCAGCCUGGAGACAGAGCGCCGGCUGGAAGAGCUGGAGAACAGGAACGGCUGACGAUGGCUUUGAUCCGCAACAGACUGGGGCUGCUGGUCCUGGGGGUUCUUGUCACCUUUGUCCUCUAUCUGUUGCUCCCUGCCAUCCAGCACGAGAGGUUCACGUCCAGGGCAGGCAGCCACAAGGCCCAGGCCAGGGCUGAGGAGAAGGGCCAGCGAGAUGUCAAUGUCACCAUCCUAACGGGGACCAUUGCAGGGAGCCCGUCCAUCUUAUUCAGAGAAGGCUUCCUGCUCCAGAGAGCUGGGACUCCCAGCCCCAAAAGGCUGGAGGUGGUUUUUCUGCAUGGCCAGGCUUUCACUUCCAAGACCUGGGAAGACCUGGGGACGCUGACCCUGCUCUCAGAGGAAGGAUAUCGCUCCAUUGCUAUCGACCUGCCCGGCUACGGCAACUCCCCGCCUUCCGACGCCGUCUCCAUGGAGCAGGGCCGCAUUGCCUUCCUGCAGCGUGUGCUGAAGGAGCUGGGGAUCCAGAGGCCCGUUCUGAUCAGCCCGUCCAUGAGUGGCCGCUAUUCCGUCCCCUUCGUCCUGGUGCACGGGGCGCAGCUGAAGGGCUUUGUGCCCAUUGCACCUGUGGGGACCCAGGACUACACGGCCCAGCAGUACCAGCAGGUCCAGACGCCAACUCUGAUCGUCUAUGGUGAGCGUGACACCGGCCUGGGUGCUCAGUCCCUGCAGAGCCUGCAGGAGCUCCCAAAGCACAAGACGGUGGCAUUGCCUGACGCUGGCCACGCCUGCUACCUGGAGAAGCCUCGCGAGUUCCACGAGGCGCUGCUAGCCUUCCUGGGCGAGCUGCAGUGAACAUGGACUCUCCUGGGGCCGGAGCCCGGCUGCGCUGAGCCUUGGCUGCGUGGCUGGGAUGCUGACUCUCUGACCCCGUCGUUAAGGGCUGUGGGACUUGUCCGGGGGUGGGGAGUUCUCACCGCUGCCACCCUCCUGGCUGUCUGAUCCCGCAGCGAGUCGGGCUGGAGGGGGUGUGGGAACCAGGGGCUUGGCAAGGGACUUGUUCGAUGUCGUCAGCCUCUGCAGGGGAAUUUGCCAGAUGCCGGGAUUCUGCCUGCUUAGGGGCAUGAUUCUGCGGUGCGUGUUGGGAGGUAACCAGCCCCCUGCCAGCUUCUGGCUGUGCUCUCCUGUUGCACAGUCCUCGUGUUUGUUGCUUUCUCGUCCCCCUGCCUUGCCUCUCUGCAAGGAGCCCUCGCUAGGGCCCCAGACCGUUGCUGCUGAAUGAUGGGCUGGUGUGUUCGCUUGAGGGAUGGGGCACGGGCCAGGUGACCAUGUGGGGCUUGUUCCAAAGAGUGUUGCUGUAGAGUAGCUGAGCAUCUCGCUCGGCAGGGGCUGGGGUGCGGUGGGGCUUCGUCCCCACCAAUGGCUCCAAUGGGUUAGCGGUUGUGUUCAGUUGUUGUUUGUAGGGAGUGUUAAAUGGGCCCUUUGCCCGUGAAGCAAGGGCUGUUGGUGUGUUACCGGAGGGUGAUUGAUUUAACUCCUGGGUGGGUAAGCUGCUCUGACCAGGCCCAGGGGAGGGGUUUCUAUGGAGGAGUCUGUUACGAGGCCAAUAAACCAUUUGUACGGUG